AAAACAAAGGAUAGUUCUGUUACAGAUUUUAAUCAACAAUGAAUGGGUGAACUCAGCUUCCGGACGCACGUUUCCGACGAUAAAUCCGGCAACGGCACAGAAAAUUAUCGACGUACAGGAAGGGGAUAAGGCUGAUGUGGACAAGGCUGUAGCAGCAGCUAAAGAGGCUUUCAAAUUCGGGUCACCAUGGCGACGGAUGGACGCUAGCCAGAGAGGCCGGCUUCUGAACAAGUUUGCGGACCUUAUAGAGAGAGACAUAUCUUACCUUGCUAGCUUGGAAACACUGGACAAUGGCAAACCGUUUAAAAACGCCGUCAGUGACAUGAGAUUUGCAAUCAAGGUUACGAGAUAUUAUGCCGGAUGGUCGGACAAGAACCAAGGAAAAACUAUCCCAGUUGAUGGCAGUUAUUUCGCGUACACUAGACAUGAACCAGUUGGAAUAUGUGGACAGAUUAUACCGUGGAAUUAUCCAGUAUGUAUGUUUGUAUGGAAGCUCGCACCUGCAGUUGCCAUGGGUAACGUAGUAGUUAUCAAACCAGCAGAGCAAACGCCGCUAACUGCACUGUAUGCGGGGGCAUUGGCGAUCGAGGCGGGGUUUCCUCCUGGUGUUGUUAACAUUGUACCAGGAUAUGGACCGACGGCGGGAGCUGCAAUAACUGAUCAUCCAGAUAUAAAUAAAGUGGCAUUCACCGGCUCGACAGAGGUAGGUCAGCUGAUCAUGCAGGCUGCCGGAGCUUCCAAUCUGAAGAGGACAACUUUAGAACUGGGAGGGAAAAGCCCUAAUGUCAUCUUUCCGGAUGUAGAUAUUGACCAGGUGGUGGAUUUCGCCAAUGAGGCUGCGAUGACGAACAUGGGUCAGUGCUGUGUUGCGGGGUCAAGGACGUUCGUACAUGAGGAUAUCUAUGACGAGUUUGUCAAGAAGUCUGUGGAACGGGCGAAGAGAAGAACUGUGGGUGACCCCUGGGAAAAUCCUGAAAAUGGACCACAGGUCGAUGAGGAACAGUUUAACAAGAUCCUUGGACUUAUCAAGGCAGGACAGAAGGACGGUGCUAAACUAGAGUGUGGCGGGGAUCGCCAUGGUGACACGGGAUAUUUCAUCCAACCGACGGUGUUCAGCGGAGUUCAGGAUGAUAUGCGCAUCGCCAGAGAAGAGAUCUUUGGACCAGUCCAGAGUAUUUUCAAAUUCAAGACAAUGGAGGAAGUUCUCGAGCGAGCUAACGACACGAACUAUGGGCUGGCUGCAGCCGUGUUCACUAACGACAUCAACACAGCUAUGACCUAUACACAGGGCGUCAAAGCAGGAACCGUAUGGGUAAAUUGUUACGAGGUAGUGAAUGCCCAAGCACCGUUUGGCGGUUACAAGAUGUCUGGACUUGGACGAGAACUCGGAGAGUACGGUCUUAGCCAGUAUACGGAGGUGAAAAAUGUUGUUAUAAAGAUUCCACAGAAAAACUCAUAAAACCUCAGCAACAGGGACAAAACUCUGGCAAUGCAAAUAAAGACUUUGGGAUUUGCCUCUAAAAACAUAAAUUUACAAAACAUGCAAAUACUGGAAGUAUUCGCGCAGCUGCAAGACUCCCGGAGCAUGUGUUGGCGCUGUUUAAAUUAAUAUGAUAAUGUAUAUUUGCGUAGACAUGUUAGUGUUAAUGUGGUGUGUGCAUAAUUUGGUUUUAUGGUGCAAGCAGGCCGCAUAUUUUUUAUUUGAUUUUCGUUACAUUUUUCAGGAACGUUACAAAUAAUGUAAUAUCAGUCUUGAGAAAUCGAACGCAGGGUGAAUACUAUAUUAGGGCAGGAAGGUCUAAUACGUAUCAGUUGUUCCAGAUUGGGGAUACAUAUUUACUUUGAAAUAAAGCUUACAUGCUAAUGUAAA